AUGGCCCGUCACAAUAAUCAUAACUUCCCCCUCUACCUCGCGAUCCUCCUCUCCCUAGCCCUACCCAUUCUAUCCACCCCCCUUCCCUCCUCCCAGUCAGAUUCCCAAUCCCAAUCCCACUGGGUCGACAUCUGGACCACGAUGCCCCAACUCACCGAACCAGCCAACCUCCCCCCAGCCCCAUUUAACUCCACACCCUCCAUUUUCCCCAACACAACCCUCCGCCAAACCCUCCGCCUCACCCAACCAGCCCAAACCAUUCGUCUCCGUCUCUCCAACGCCUUCGGAAGUACCGACCUCCCCAUCACCUCCGUGGCCAUCUCCGUCCCAGCCAACAACACCCUUGGCAGCGCAUCCAUCAUCCCGGGUACCACAACCCCGUUAUCCUUCGACGGAGACACCUCGAUCCUCGUCCCAGUCGGUAGCCUCAUCGUCUCAGACCCGAUAACCCUCCCGAAACAAGCGGGUACGACACUAACAGUAGACUUGUACCUGGAGAACGGGCAGAACGGGACGGAUAUUACAUCUCACCCGGGGAGUCGGACGACGUCGUGGAUGGGGUUUGGGGAUUUAGUUGGUGUGAAUGAGGUCGUUGGCGGGGAUGUGGUGGGGGUGGAGCAUUGGUACUUCAUCUCCACCAUCGAAGCCUUCCUCCCAGAUACGUACCACGGGUGCGCAAUCCUCGGCGACAGCAUAACAGACGGACGAGGGAGCGAUACGAAUGAGAAUAAUCGCUGGCCCGACCUCCUCCUCCCAUACCUUCACACCCUCCACUCACCAACAACAACCCUCUCCCUCCUCAACCAAGCCGCCGGCGGCAACCGACUCCUCCACGACUCCCUCGGCCCAAACACCCUCUCGCGCAUCGACCGCGACGUGCUCGCACACUCCCACAUAACGCACACGAUCGUCUUCGAAGGCGUCAACGACAUCGGCACAGCAUCUACCUCCCCCACCGCGCAGCAAAUAGUAGGCGAUAGAAUCAUCAUGUCCUAUAAACAAAUCGUCACGAGACUGCAUGCAGCAGGGAUAAAGGUGAUCGGAGCGACGAUCACGCCGUUCGGGACACCGGCGAAUUCGUCCGUCGUGCAGCCGUACUCGGAUCCGGAACGAGAGAGGACGAGACAGAGGGUGAAUGGGUGGAUACGGGAGUCCGGGGUGUUUGAUGGGGUGGUUGAUUUUGACCGGGUGGCUAGGAGGGAUGCGAGGCCUGAUUUGUUGAAGGCGGAGUUUGAUAGUGGGGAUCAUUUGCAUUUGAAUCCGAGGGGGUAUGAGGCAAUGGCUAGGGCUUUUCCUGUGGAGUUAUUGGGCUAG